AUGGACCCCGCCGCUCGUCCACAACCUCAAGUCCAGCCUUGUAGAUACAAGGUUGGCAAGACGCUAGGAGCAGGCUCCUACUCUGUCGUCAAAGAGUGCGUCCAUAUCGACACAGGCCGCUACUAUGCCGCCAAGGUCAUUAACAAGCGCUUGAUGGCGGGUCGCGAACACAUGGUUCGCAAUGAGAUCGCCGUCCUCAAGAAGGUCUCCAUGGGCCACCAGAACAUCCUCACUCUCGUUGACUACUUCGAGACCAUGAACAACCUCUACCUCGUCACCGAUCUUGCUCUAGGAGGCGAGCUUUUCGACCGAAUCUGCCGAAAGGGCUCGUACUUCGAAUCCGAUGCCGCCGACCUCGUCCGCGCUACACUCUCCGCUGUCGCUUACCUUCACGACCACGGAAUUGUCCAUCGCGAUCUCAAGCCCGAGAACCUGCUCUUCCGCACCCCAGAGGACAAUGCUGACCUUCUCAUUGCCGACUUUGGUCUUUCGCGAAUCAUGGACGAGGAGCAGUUCCACGUUCUCACUACAACUUGCGGUACUCCAGGAUAUAUGGCUCCCGAAAUCUUCAAGAAGACGGGUCACGGCAAGCCCGUCGAUCUUUGGGCGCUGGGUGUCAUUACCUACUUCCUUCUCUGCGGCUAUACCCCCUUUGACCGCGACUCCGACUUUGAAGAGAUGCAGGCCAUCCUCAACGCCGACUACAGCUUCACCCCGAUCGAGUACUGGCGCGGCGUCUCAAGCCACGCCAAGGACUUUAUUCGGCGCUGCCUGACCAUUGAUGCUACCAAGCGCAUCACAGCCCACGAGGCCCUUCAACAUCCUUUCGUCGCAGGCUUCAUCAAUGCCGAGGGCGAGAGCCAGAACCUGCUGCCCAACAUCAAGAAGAACUUCAACGCCCGCCGGACCUUGCACGCAGCCAUCGACACUGUUCGCGCCAUUAACAAGCUCCGUGAAGCCCAGAAUGGUCUGAUGGACGGCGCUCGAUCCAAGGAGCCCAACCGCGGUGCUGCACGGCAGCCGCAGCCGCAGCAACAACCCGGUGUUCGGAAAGAUGACAGCGCCAUAUCCAUGACCAAUAACAACAACCAGCCCAAGGACAGUGGCUAUGGAACACAGACUGAAACUGACGUGGUCAUGGGCAACACGGGGCCCUCCAAUGUCCCAUCCGCAUUGCAACCGGGUAAUAACGGGAAUCGCAUCAUCGAGACGUCCAAGGGCCUCUGGAGCGGACCUGCCAUGAAGAGGUAG